AUGACUGAAAAAAAACAAAAACUACAACUUCACUAUACACUUGAAGAAGAAACCCCAAUUCACUCACUCGGGCCCACGAGUCUCAUAAUCCUCAGAAAUAUUGAACAAGAAGUGAGGCAAGGAAGCUAUCCUUGGCAGGUUCAUAAGCAAAUCCCCAACCGAAUCUUUCCUCGCCAUAUCUGCCGGGCCCACUUCUCCUUCAUUUUGAGAGGGAGGUUGGUUAAGCAGAGAGAGUUAACUCUGGACAUGAGAGACUUCUCGUCUGGUGGAAUUUGGGAAUCUGAGAAGAGGCAUCGGUUUAUGUCAUCGAGAAUUUGGAGGCUCUGCCAAUCCUCACUUGAGAGUGUAGGGUUUUCGGGAUGUUCUGAAAUGCGGUUUUCGAGGUGGCUGACAAGAUCUCUCAUUGACAUGGAAGAACGUAGGCCGGGGACUAUCAUAUCUUCCCACUUCCCUACUUCUUUCAGGUUCAGCUGCUCCACUGUUGGUGUAUUAAUGGCUGUGUCGAAAGAUAAGAAAAACUUGUGUUUAGAACACUGCACUAUCUCACCAAGGGCCGACCACCUAAGUGAUGAAACUAACCUGAUACUGGCGAAGGUGUUUCACGAGGGUAGGAUCCCGAGUGUCCGCCAGUUGCAUCUAUUAUAUCAUUCUUUGGGGAAGAAGACUGAACAACAGAUGGUGAAUUAA